GAAGUGCAGCCCUUGAAGUUUCGAGGAAACGCUCUACCUCCAUCCCGCUGGAUUUCAUCGCCUUGCUCCGGACCUUUGUUCAACAUGUCUCACAGGAGGUGCUCGAUUGUCGGUUGCAGAGAGAAGUCAAAUUUGUUUUCCUUACCUAAAGAUGAGAGCACCAGAAAACGCUGGGAAGAUUUCCUCAUGUCUGUUUGCACCAAACCACGCUUUCUCUUCAGCGGUCCAACAUGUGCACAGUCCAGCUUGUUUGUCUGUGCACGGCACUUCACGGAAGACUCUUUCGACAACAAAGUCCAGUAUUCAGCAGGAUAUUCGGCUAAACUGAGGCUGAAGAGUGGGGCUUUUCCAUCGCUGAACAAUGCACUCACAGAAGAGCCAGACGAGGAAGAUCUUUCAUCGGAGGAGCUGCCCUUGACCUGCGUUAAAACAGAGGACAACCCCAGUCAAAUACUAUCUUGGCCUCAACGUACAGCCUGUGUUGCCACGCAGACCUCCUACCUGAUGGUUUCUGUUGGCACACAACGUAACUACAUUCCUUCCACAAAAACCGCUGGGACGCAGUCCUCCGUUAUGAUGUUGUCUAUUGGAACACAGUGCAGCAUGAAAAGCUCCGCGAAACCUGCUGCCACACAGUCGUUUUGUAAAAGAUCGACAAACAUGAGAAGAAAAGGCACCCAGGACAGAGUUCACUGCAAAAGUGAUCGCAAGUGCAGCACCGAACAGGACGGAGAGAUUCAACAGCCAUCAUCAUCCGUAGAGGCUCCGGCACCUUUACUGGAUGUCGGAUCAGCUAAGAGACUACGUGUUGAAAAUCUGAAGGAGGAGGAGGAAGAAUACGAAAUUAUUUCUGAUACGCCGCAGCCUGGGGACUCUUUGACAGAGCCAGUUGAAACUAGAAAGUCAAAUUCCACAAGAAGGUUUGAUGAGCAAGAGUGCAUCGUGUUCGAGAGCUGCCUCAGAGACCUCUUCCAGACCUGUCCUGUGUGCGAGCAGCACUGUGAGAUGCUGCAGGAGACACUGGGGACUUCUGUGUCCUUCAGUCAGCAGUGCCAUACCUGUCUGUUUAGCAGAAAGUGGCAGAGCGAGACAGUCGCAAGGAGUGAGGUAACAGAUAACAGCUGAUCUGGGACGCAUGUGAUCCAUGGACUGAUGUAUGAAUAUGUUGUAAACUCAACUCGCUGCCAAUUCAUCCCUGUGCAGAGUCGCAUUGAAAAGAGACUAUACAGAUGUUUUUGUUGACUCAAAAGGCCAAUGAUUACAGGCAUGUAAUCAUUGAAGACGACGGGUUUGGAAAUAACAAAGAGACAAAUUGGUUGAAUAUUGGCUGCUACAACACUGGGUAGUGAAGUUAGUGUAUGGUUGGGUGUUUGCCGUUCCUUACAUUUUGUAAACCUCAAAGUUACUGUACUGUGAUAAUAUGACUGCAUACAAAGUGCCACAGGAAUCUGAUCUACAAAUGUUAAGACAGUUAAGUCUUAUAUUAACAUUGUAAUUACAAUUGUUGCACAGAUUAGUGUUUGGCAACUUUUUUAUUAAACGUUCCUCGAACUCCUCUCAUAUAUCUGCAUAUAUUUCAAAAGGAUCAGUUGGCAGUUGCCCUUGACAAUAAUCAGUCAUAUUAAAACAACUCUGUUCUCCAGUGCUGCGUUUCAUCCACAAACUGAAGGAAUAAGCCCGACAUGAAUCCCUGUUCUUCUGUUUCACAACAUAAAGAUAAAGAUAAAGAUAAACUUUAUUGAGCCCCCGUGGGGGAAAUUUGUGCAUUACAGCAGCUCCAGAAAA